AGCAGCCCAACAAAUUAUUUAUCAUUGCUUUUUAUGAGUGCAAGUACUAACGGCGAACGAUCUGAGAGAGCAAGGUAGAGAGAAACCGAGGGAGGCGAGGAGGAGAAGGAGAAAGAGAAAAGAGGGUGGGAGUGUGAAAGGCGCCGGAGGAGGAGAUUUAAACGAGCAACUUGUUGAAAAGUGCUGAGGGCCAAUUAGUAGCCCAAGUGUGUGAGCAUGCGGAGGGACGCCGGCGUGAACGGCUUACAGAAGCUUUAAAACUAACUUAAAACAAAAAACAAAAAAAAAAUACAUAAAAAAAAAAAAGCAACAAGUCGUCCUUAGUUCUGCACGUGCCUUCACAUCUCUGACAUGUUUCUGUUGAAGAUCUAGUGAAGAUCUAAUGAAGGGAAAAAACGCUUGGAGUAGCUGAUGUUUAUCUAGUCACUCGGGAAGGAGACGCACACCGCGCAUCUCGUUCGGGAACGGAAAAACGACAUACGAAACGAUUCGUUUUUUGACUUUUUUUCCUCCUGGGAUAUACAGUAUUUCUGAAUUUGGACUGGAGUUGCUCCAAAGUGGAUUUCUGUCUCUGCAGUGAGUGGACCGAGGUCUUGGCAAAGAAGUUAUUCCAAGCAUGAGCGUGUUGGCGUCGCUGGUGCAGCUCGUAGCUGCUGCGGUCCUGACGCUGCCCCUGAUUCAGUGUUUCCACUCAGACACAACCAACAGCACAUCUAAAGUAAUCCUUUUUCAGGAGGUGUGGGGACGGAGCUUCUGCCGCACCAUCGAGACACUGGUAGAGGUAGUGCAGGAGUAUCCCGGGGAGGUGGAGCACAUGUACAGCCCUUCCUGUGUGCCAUUGGUCCGUUGCGCCGGUUGCUGCGGAGACGAGAACCUUGAGUGCCACCCCACGCAAACCUCUAACGUCACUAUGCAAUUAUUAAAGCUGAAGCCAUCCGAGCAGGGACAGGAGUAUGUGGAGAUGACUUUCGUGGAGCAUAAAAGCUGUGAAUGUAGAGUAAGAAAGCGUACACCAAAGCAUGACAGAGUUUUUCAUCUUUUUAUUGUUGUAGGUGGAAGCCAAGAGGAAGGGGAAAAAAAAGGAAACAAAGAGUAAAAGACUGUGAUGGGUGCCAGCCUCCUCGCAGGUAAACACUGUCCCUUCCUGCUCUCUGCCCAUCUCGUACUGCCUGCCCUUUCAGUGUACUGCCAGCCUCUUACAGCAUCCUGAGUCACCUCAACCACCAGAUCUGAGAUGCACUAUUGUCAUGGUGAUGGGGAGAUCACCACGAACAUUUCAUAUACAGGAAGUGCCUUUUGUGAGGUGAUACCCUCAGACGUGCAACUCACAAAAUCUCCUGAGGAGCAUAACAAUGAUGGGCCAGACCUAGUGUCUCUGCUAGAACAUGAGCCCACAGGACACUGGCUGUAUAAAGUCUAUUAUUGUUAUUAUUGUUAUUAUUAUUAUUAUUAUUAUUAUUAUUAUUAUUAUUAUUAUGCACAUUAUCUUUGACAUAUCACAUAUUUUUAUUUAUUGCUUGCAAACCAGAGGAGAGCAUGUUUGGUUGUUAUUUCUUUGACUGAAUACUCUGCUGAAGUUUGGCAUGAGUACAAAUUGGGAUAAAAAUGUAAUCGCCAAAGACAGUUGUUUUUUCCAGAAAACCAUCAAUCCUUUACUGAGAUAAGCAAUACACUUCUUUACUCUUGUAUUAAUGAAUUCUUAUUGUAAAUGAAAUGACAUAUGCAAUAACUGAAAGGCGAUGGUUGUGUAAGAAUCGAAAGCUGGACAAACACCAAGAAACUCCUCCCUCCAUUUUAACAAAUUCCCUGUCCACACAUACCAGUCCCUGUGAAGAGUUUUCUUCUCCCUGUCUCCUCCCUAUCCCCCAUAACCCCAACCUAUUUGUAGCAUUAUCAGAUUGUCAGUUUGUUUGGCUUUGUAGCUGUCAGAGCUCCAGCCCAGCUUCUCCGAGUCGGCCUUUUCCUACAAACAGUCAAUCCACAAACCAAAUUCUAAUUGUUGAAUAGAUCUGCAUGAAGAUGCGUGCACAUGGACUGCAUUCGAGGUUCAGAGUGACUUCUUGUAUGGUUCGUACAUUGGCAUAGUGACCUCUACUGGCUUCAAGAAAGCAAUUCAAUCGAUUAUCAUUUUCCAAACAAACCUGCUGUAACGUACACAUGAUUUAAAUGUGGACAGUUCUUGGGUAAGUCGAUGGAUUCAAGGGUUUGCAAUACGAGAGACGAGUGUAAAUCAACAUAAAUUGAAGUUUGAAAUAAAAGUAUAUUAUUUUUGUCUAUUAAAAUGGCUUAAAAAGAUAGGUUCAGAUCAUAAACCUGACGAUACUGAACCAAAAAAGUUUUUUUAUUAAUUAAAAAAAAAACACCACUUGCUGCUAAUAUACUUGGCCUUUAAAUACAAGUAACAGUAUCAGUUUAACAAUGACUAAUAGUCUUUAUUUUAUCAAAUUAAUAUUGUGUACAAUCUUCUGCUUCUCCAUUUUCAUAAGCACAUCACCAGAUGUAGGAUAGUAUUGGACUGGCAGCAUGUUUAUUGUGUUGCUAUGUGUGAACAUAAGAGUGUGAACAAUUUCUUUUUACUUUUUUUUUUAUACCAUAAUGGGUCAAGAGUUUUGAAGUAAUUUUCCGUUUCAUGUAUAUUGUACAUAUUUAUAUAUGAUAUUGAUAAUGUAUUGCUGUUGUGCCACUUCUAAUAAAAAGAUACAUUAUC